AUGUUGAUUGGACGUGAAAAAGAAUUUGAGUUAAUUUCAUCAUUGAUCUCAACAGCUUUAAAGGACAAAUCUUCACUUUGUGUCUAUAUUAGUGGUCCUCCUGGGACGGGAAAAACUGCGACAGUCAAGGAGGUGGUUAAUCAUUUGCAGUGGAAGAUUGAUAAAAAUGGACGUCGCAAAGAGUUUCAUUUCGUUUCAAUUGAUUGUUUUGCCUCAUCUACAACUACUUCUCUUGCUCAACAUAUUUUGCUUCGACUCGAAACUCAAACAAAAAUAUCAAAUGGCAAACAAGUUUUACAAGCUUUGGAAAACAAAAUUUCUAAAUGCAAAAUUCCGAUUUUAAUUUUGCUUGAUGAAGUUGACAACUUAGUUUCUCGCAAAGAUGAAAUAAUCUAUGACGCUUUUAAUUGGCCAAAUAAAUUUCCGGGACGUGUUGUUGUUAUAGGCAUUUCAAACUCUUUGGACCUUACAGAAAGACAACUAUCAAAAAUUAAAUUUGCUCAUCCUCCAAAAUCAAUCGUUUUUCCUCCUUAUACAAGUGAAAUGUUAAUUUCUAUUUUAACUUCAUAUCUAAAUAAUAUUGGAAGCAAAUCAAGCAUUGAUACAAAAGCAAUAGAAUUAUGUGCAAGAAAGGUUGCCUCAAUGACUGGGGAUGUUAGAAGAGCUUUGGAUAUUGCCUCACAAAUGAUAGAAAGCUUUCCGGGUUUUUUUCUUCCAAUAUUCCUUUAAUAUUUGUCUUUGGCGUUCCGUUCUAAUAAAGCUAAAUUUUGUAUAUUUUUCUCGGGGAGAGAGGUGAAAUAUCACCAGCAAGGAUGUCACGGGUUGAGAAAAUCGGGUUGGGGGUUCAAAAUUUUUUUCGAGUUG